AUGUCCGUGACUUCUAAUGCCAAACUUCUUGACAAGUACAUGUCUUUGGAUCAGCGUAAUGCUGUCCAAGUCGAGUAUGUGUGGAUUGAUGGCUUCAACAACUUGAGAUGCAAGACCAAGACCGUCUACAAGGUGCCUCAAUCAGCCGCUGAUUUAUCGGAAUGGAAUUAUGAUGGCUCUUCCACUGGUCAAGCUGAAGGACAUGAUUCGGAUGUGUUGAUCCAACCUGUUGCUCUCUUUGCUGAUCCUUUCCGUGGCGGCAACAACAAGAUUGUUCUUUGUGAAACUUUCAAUCCUGAUGGCACUCCUCACAAGACCAACUAUCGCAAUGCUUGCAAAAAGAUCAUGGAUGCUCAUGCUGAUGCCCAUCCUUGGUUCGGCCUUGAACAAGAAUACAUGUUCUUUGACCCUGAAACCGAGAAGCCUUAUGGCUGGCCUAAGCAUGGUUACCCUGAACCACAGGGUAAAUACUAUUGCGGUGUUGGUGCUGGCAAGAUCUUUGGCCGUGAUAUUGUUGAAGCUCAUUACCGUGCAUGCUUGUAUGCUGGUAUCAAGAUCUCUGGUGUCAAUGCUGAAGUUGCACCUGGUCAAUUUGAGUUCCAAGUGGGUCCUUGUGAAGGCAUUGAAGGUGGUGAUCAUUUGUGGAUGGCUCGUUAUCUCUUGGAAAGAGUUGCCGAAGACUUUGGUAUUGCCGUCUCUAUUCAUCCCAAGCCUGUUGCUGGUGAUUGGAAUGGUGCUGGUUGCCACACCAACUUCUCGACCAAGGAGAUGCGUGAAGAAGGUGGUAUCAAGGCCAUUGAGAAGGCUAUUGCCAACAUGGCCAAGCGUCACCUUGAACACAUUGCCGUUUAUGGCGAAGACAAUGAUCAGCGUUUGACGGGCCGUCAUGAAACAGGCCAUAUCGGUACUUUCAACUAUGGUGUUGCCAAUCGUGGUGCCUCCAUUCGUAUUCCCCGUCACGUUGGCAAGGAAGGCAAGGGAUACCUUGAAGACCGCCGCCCAGCUUCCAACAUUGAUCCUUACCGUGUCACUGGCAUCAUUGUUGAAUCCACUUUCCUUCCUGAAAACUAA